CCACUAUGGCCAUAACGGCCACAACCCGCGAUCCGGUUAAGGAUAUCUCGUUUCUCNNCCUUGCUGUUGUCUACAAUCUGGACAUUACUUCUGAAUUCGCCAACGAUAUUAUUGCUAAGUGGNNCCUAUCUUACUCGGACGUAGUANNGAUUGCUAACGAUCUCGAAUUAACCUCUGCUGUUACUGCCGUAGCUGCAAAGACAAAGGAGAAGGACCACGAUGGCACCUGCAUGGCCAACGCUAUUACUAUCGACGACAGCGAUGACGAGAUCGAGAAGCCGACCACGCCUGCCCUGCCUCGCAAGUUUAGAAUCCCACCAGCUGCUGGCCUCAUGACUCCGCUCAGUGUCGACAAGUCGGUGACUCUGACAGCCUACGAUAACUUAAAGAUCGUUUUCGAGUCGAUCGAGCGCGACCCUAAGGAAAGCACAGCCGCCAUCAGUCGUGCUUGCCCUGCCACGAAGUACAACGUCAGAGUCUCCACUCCAAAGAGUUUCAAGAAGGCAAAGGCCAUCAAGUCCAUCAAGGCCCGCAGCACCAAAGCUAAGAAGAGACCUGCCAACAACAACCCCGGGCCAGAGUCUAACGACGACGACAAGCCCAUGAGUCCUCCUACUCUUAGCUCGACUCGCAAGCGCCGUGCCAUUGACUACGAAGCCGUGCCCAGCGAUCAGGUAGUCGACGGUUCUAACGAAGACUACGAGUACGAGGAAGUCCACGACGACAGACGCUUAAAUGAGAAGUAUGACUCCUCGUUCCCUGUUCUGGCCACACCCUCGAAGCGCCAGAAGAGAAAGGCCAAGUCC